CCCUGUCCCCCUCCAUCGCCAUGACGUCACCCCGAGUGGUCUGUUGACGUCGCCGUUAUUUCGGGACGCCCAUGGUGCGGCGGCGCGGGGGUGUCCGUCACCAAACGGCAUGCGGAUCGCCGCUAGCAUGAAGCUCGAGUAGCGGCUCCCGUCGCCGUCGCCGUCACCCUGUCCAUGGGGAGGAGGAGGAGGAGCUGAAGUGUUGGGUCGGGGAGGUCGGCGCCGUCUCGUCUGACAGCCAUGGAUGACUUCAGCGGUAGGACCUACGGAACCAGUGGCCUGGACAACAGGCCCCUGUUCGGGGAGACAUCGGCCUGGGAUCGGAUCAUCAACGUUGGUGUGGGUGGAGUCACUACUCUGUUUGUCCUGGUGACUGUCAUCAGUUCUUUUGUGUUCCCAUCGCUUCCCCCGAGGGCUCUCAACAUUUUCUUUGCGGCUUGUAUUCUUCUGAUCUGCGGCUCUACGUUACUGCUGAUCUUCUGGUACCGCCAAGGGGAUCUGGAGCCCAAGUUCAGGAAGCUAAUCUACUACAAGCUGGCCUCCAUCGUGCUGCUGUGCCUGUGUGCCAACCUCUACUUCCACGGGGUCACGUAGGUGUGGCUCUUAAGUGGGACCCAUGGACCCCACAGAUGGGCGGGCACGCACACGCAGCAAUAAGGGGGUCAAGGCAAUGGAUGGGUGAAGGGUAGAACAUUCAGGUGGUUUACUUGGUGGAAGGUCUCCAACGUUAACCGUGAUGUCUACCAAUGGAACCAAAGGAUAAAAUACCCCCUCUGCAUUCUGAGAAACCUGGCGGUUCCAAAUGACCAAUUCCAUUUUUCCAGGGGGAAACUGAAAAGAAAUGAAGCAAAGGACUUGGUGAGACCACUCGAGAGGAACACUGCCUUAAAUGCGUUGCACACACCGCGACCACCGCGCACGCGCGAGUGUGUGUGUGUGUGUGUGUGUGAGUGUGAGUGUGUGUGUGUGUGUGUGUACCGGCCAGUACACUUGCGGACAGUAGCUCACGUGACUCUUGAUCAUGUGCACUUCAAGGAUCUUUCAUAAUUACACCAGGGGACCGUUGCGGGUGUAGUAUAUAAGUCUACAUCAGUUUUAGAUGUAGCCCUGUUUACAACAAUGACACACGUUAAAGAUCAUGGUGACUCUUGAGAGGGCUGGGUCGAGUAUUGCUUGAUCCAGUCAACAUUGCUGACUUUCAGACUCUAGAGGCAUCGCCGGUGCCACGGUAAAUCCCAUUGGCAGACUUAAUUGUGAUCCCUAAACCACAAUGGCUCAUCCCCCAAAUGAUGACUAUGCACACGUCCAACUACUCUGUGAAGGAGUAUUUCUUUGGUACUGUUAUAGCACACUAGCUAAAGAUAGACAUAUAGUCUUCCGGUUCUCAUUUCUAAUUUUACAUGGAGGCCGUCUGUUCUUCCCAUUGCAACAGAUAAGAUACAGGGUACAUUCUACAUAAUGUAUUCUUAUUCCUGUCCCAUAAUCAUAAAUGUAUCUAAUUAAUCUUUCCAAUGGUGCACAUGCCAUAUUACGUUGGCUGCCAAUGCUUGCACCAAACGGAAGCUGUGCCCAACACGUAUGUUAUUUUAGCCAUAGGAGCGUGCAUGUCCACCCCCAAGCUCUUUAUAACCUUCUCUCACUCAGGCCAAAGCACUGCAUCUGUGCACACUGUAGCACCAAUGAUCAUUAUGAAGUAAAGGAACCCAUACACAUCCCAUCCCAGUCAUCUUUAAGUAAAGCUGCAUUUCACAGGGUCUUGAAGGAUCGAUUACAGAGCUCUGCUCCAUAUUUUGCGAUCUCCAUGAUCAGAUCAAUCUAUUUUUUGCACUUCACUUGAUAUACAUAUAUAUAUAUUGCCAUAUUUCUCUUUGUGUAUGUGGCUGUAUUGCUCCUAGUCACAUUCUUGAUAUUAAAAUAUUAAUAAAUGUGGUCCCACAGGAUUUAUUCGGAGCAGUGGACAGUUGGGUGCUUAGGAAUAACCCAGACUCCCGCUUUGUUUCUUAAGAUAGUCUACCUGAAUAUGAAGGAUAUGCUCAAAGGACACAUCUAUGAUGUGUGCCUUGGUUAGCCAAAGCACACCUGGACGUCAUGAUACACCUUCAUGUUGUAAUGCUUCAAAUCAAUGCAAAUGUUAAUUUGUUUUUCGGAAGUACUUCAAUUAGAUUUUCUACUUUUGCAUUUCAAUACACUAAUGUGAACAAUGUGGAAACCCUGACCAAAAUAAUUUGUUCUUAGGCAAGUGGUAACCUUUACCUACCAAUUGGUAAAGCCAAAAUAAAGAUGGAUUUGUUUGAGGAAAUUUGAAUAUGAAGACCGUGAAUGCUACCUAUGAUUUGAAAUUAACAGCCCUGAAGAGCACCGUAGCAAAUAUAUCAUUUAAUCAUGUCAAUGUUUCCUUUGCAAAAAUCUUUGCAAAUUCUGUGCUAACCGUACAUGUUUUAUCACAAGUUAGACUUUAUAAGUCUAGGACCAAAUCAGCAUGUUAUUCUCACCAAUGUUCUGUUCAGUGAUAAACGUUCUGCCACAAGGCCAUCAGUGGCCAAUCUUAAGUUUGAUUCAAAUGGGGAACCAUCAGAAGACACAACGACCUAGGGAUUGUCAGAAACCAUGUGCUGCUUUCUACUCGACAUUUUAUGGAAUUAAGACUCCUGUACCCUGUGUUUUUAACUCAACACUUUUUGGUCUUCUAAAUAUUGUAAGAUAAUAUUCCAUGUAGGAAGCACAAGACCUCAACGAAGUGACACAAUAAAACUCAUUCUUUAUUAUACAAAACAGUUUCACAUGGACUUGUUUUUCUGCCAAUGUUUUCGUCACUGGUGUUGACACCUAGGUGCGAGACUAACUUGCAGCAAAUGUUCCUUGAGUCUGCACGUGCACAAGCAACUCAAAUGACCACUGGCUGUUGCAAAAAAAAAGAAAAGGGUUAGGAUGACCUGUAGUGGUUUGAUAUGGUAAUGCAUUAAUGAUAGGAGCCAAUGUUUCUGAACCAAAUGUGGUCUUUUGGUCAGUGGCAAUAGGUUUGUCAGCAUUGGAGCUUAGUUAAGUUAUUUUUAAGGGCAUUUGUAUUCUGAAAACAUUUUUUUAUAGUAACAAAAAGGGUGUAACGCUAUGCUUGUAUGUUUGCCAGAAUAUAUAUUUUUGAAAGUUGACCAAGUUGUCCCCCUAGUGUAUUUUAUAUACCACAUUAUUUCUGAUCUCCAGUGACCAAAUCUUUUCUUCUCAGCCUUAAAAUUCAGCUUGUUGAAUUAUCACUUAUUCCCAGUUUUGUAUUACAGUUCUCAGGUUUCCAUCAAUGUAUUGUUGUAUUGUACAUCAUGCUGGUGUACCUGCCAAACAAUUCCAUACACAAAUUCCUAACACUUCCACAUUUUCCCAAUAUUUGUUGUUUCAUCCCAUUAGAAAUACGUCAAAUACAUGUGUCCAAAAAAAUGUAAAAGUAAAUUUGUUCUGUAACACUUACUAUCUAGUCCUCACCGCUAGCUAUGCAAGUUCAUCAGCCAUACACUUGUGGGGUUAGGUCAAAGGUGAUAAAUCACUUGUUUCGUAAUGCAACAAGAACUAACCUAGACAAACUAGGCAUUCUAGGCACAUGCCUGUUUAGGGACCAUGUAAAAAAAUCCUAUGCAUUUUCUAUUUAUAUAUUACACACACACACACACAGGGACAUACAUAAAUACAUAAUGAUUUUAACUCACUCAUAGGAACUUCAACAGUUGGUGGUGUUGAACCAGCAACCUUUUAAUUUGUUCUUACCCAACUGUCAUGGAAUGUUUCUACUCCCUGUGUCAAUUUAAGACUGGGUCAUAAAUCAAGACCUUAUCAUGAUUUCUCAAUUGAUUACAUGACACUUUCUAACCCUAAAAUGGUCAAAACAGUCUGCCUAAAAUUGCUAUAUACUUCAUGUCCCUCAGUUGGAUUGAGUAACGUGGAUUCUUGAUGGAUAUUCAAUUCAUGAUCACAUUAGCGUCCUGCCCUUAUUCAGAAUACGUUAACAUGGACUGCAAUGUUCUGAUGAAUAUAGCAGGAUUGAGACAACACUUGACGUUUAACCCUGAAUCCAGAUUAUUCCAAAAGUAUUUAUAUUCAGAGACAUGUAUGAAGACAAAAAUAACCCUUAACCAACCUGAACUAAAGUCUUCAGACUAGAAACAUGAAAAGGGGGAUUAUAAAUGGAAUAAUUCCAUAAGCAACACUAUAUGAACACCUUCGUAGAAAUGCAGUCUUAGAUUAAGAAUAACAUUAAUCGUCAAAAAAAACACACGUCCAAGUCCAUGUCAAUCAAUGUAAACAACAUUUCCAAUUGAACGGAUCACUCAAUACCUUAAGCAAAAUAGUACGCUAUUAGCACCCGAGUCUAUCAACGCUAAUAAAAGUUGUAUGUUUUUGCAACUUCAUAGAAAUAAUGAAAAAGAGAAAGGAAGAAUCGUUAAGAAAUGGUUGGCGUUAACUUAAAGCUAUAAAUACGUAUGGAGACAGGGUUAGGGCUACUGGUGACCUGAUUUAGCGACAUGGCAAGUGUUUAUCAGGUGCUAGCAAUAACAUUGCUUCCCAAUGGGGUUUCAGUUGUGAAGCUUGGUUACUUUGCUAUGCUGGGGAAAAAAACCCAAAUGAAAUAGUAGAAAGGAAAUGUAGUGAAUUCGGAUGACUCCUGAGUUUCUUUUGUUUGUGGGGGGGGGUGGGAGACAACCUCUCGUCUUCAGUCAGGUCUGGUGUUGAGGUGUCAGCGGAACGGGGGUGUCCAC